UAUAUACAAUAUAUGUCAUUUGUGUUUUUUCUGUUUUAAUGUUUAUGUGUAAACGAAAACUUUUAAAGUAGGAUUAACGUGAGUGAAAUAAAUACGAUCGUGGCAAUAAAUAAUUAAAAUAAUUGUUAAUAAUUAAUUAAUAAUUAAAUACACAAAAAAUGGGGAAGUCACGUAAUGGAAAAGCUGCAGUUAUAUUGACGCUAAUUGCUUUCAUAUUUGUGGUUAUUGCAUUUACCACACCCAAUUGGCUUGAAACGGAUGGUAAAUUGGAGAAUCCAACAUUUAGAAAAAUAGGUUUAUGGCAAGUUUGUUUCCAAGGUUUCGAAGAUCCUCAUCAUCUAUAUGAUACCAGAUUUUAUGGUUGCUGGUGGGUUUUUGAAGAAGAAUAUUAUAUCAUUCAUGAUAUUCUUUUACCUGACUUCUUUGUUGCAACACAAUUUUUCUUCACUCUUUGUAUGACGUUGUUGUUAAUCGCUGGAUUCUUAACUAUAACAUAUACUUGUUGUUCAAGAAACCAUGAAAAGUUUCAAUUGCUUUUAUGGACAACCGGUGGAUGUUUAUCAUUAUCUGGCCUAUGUGGUAUUAUUUCUGUAAUAAUAUUUGGUGCCAGGGGUGAUGGACGCGAUUGGUUACCAAAUUGGGAGCAUAAUGAUGUCAGUUGGUCAUUCGCUUUAGCAGUCGUUGGUAGUUUCAUAUCAAUCACAGCUGGUAUAUUGUUCUUAAUCGAAGGCCGUAGAUAUAAAAAGAAAAUAGAAAGAAUAUUGAAUGAAGAACAAAAAACUCACACUACUAUUUAAUAUAUACGUGUUUCCAUAUAAUGUGAAUUUUGCUAUUUUAAUCAUAGAUGAGAUUACAUUUAAAUAUUUGUAAUGUUAGGACAUGUGUGUCCAAAAAAUAUGCGUCGCAUUAAUUACAAAUAAGAAUCCGUCCAGGCACAAAUACUGCAAUCGCUAUAUCUGAUAUAGUUAAUUGCAAUAUAUUUAUAGAUCUAUAUAUCAUUUAUUCUAGGAGAUAAUAGAAGGACUAAUAAUUGUAUACAUGUUAAUAUAAUGUUAUUUUAUCAUUUUAUAUACAAUGUUAUGCUAUAUCUAAAUUUAUAUAUGUGUUUUAAAACACUUUCACAAUUAUAUACUUUAAAUCUUAAGAGAUUAUAGAAGAAAGACUAUAUAUAUAUAUAUAUAUAUAAAUCAUCAAAUUCUAGAAAAUAUUUAGAUAAAGUUCGUUGCAUUUUAUUGACUUGUACGUCAAGUAUUAUUAAUUCCGUCCGUAAUAAUAUUAUUUUUUAUAUAAAGAAAAAAAAGAAAAGCAGUAAUAUACUUGUAAAUAUAAACUAUUGUAUAUAAAGCUUUUAUAGUUUCCACACAAACAAAAAAAUCU